AUGCUCUCUGAAGGCACGUGGUUGAAAAGCGACAACAAAAACGCUUACUUCUUUCACCCAGCCUACCCUCAGCCACUCAACCUCCUGUUCGCCUUACCAUGCGUCGACCCUAUCGACGAAGGCGACGCGCUCGCGACAGGGCAGCCCAAAGGCCUGCACCACCACACCGCGCUCCUUGCUUGCCAGAUCAUUGCCGACAAUGCCUUUGAGUCGGGACAACUCUACUUCGACCGCCAAGGUGCACAGCCCGUCUCGGACCGAAUCCCGAUACAUGGCCUCCUCACCCCCGGGGACUAUUUCUUUCUCGUGAACUCCGAUCGCAACUUCCGCGACUGGCGAUUCCCCCACGGCUAUAUUCCCGAAGCCUGGCCCUCAACAAAGUCUGGUCUCGCAACUGACACAGGUCGACGCUGCGCGCUGACAAACAGCGCCUUUGGCCUUACGAGUGCCCACAUAAUACCAAGGGAAGAAGGCGAAUGGUUCAUGCAGAAUGGUAUGUCGCGGUAUGGGGCGGAUCUACGCGACGUCAACGAUUCCCGAAAUCUCAUCCGCCUGAGGGCCGACAUACACCGUUGCUUCGACACCCGUUUGUUUUCCAUCGUUUCGAAACCAAAGUUCGCAUCAUCCAUCUCAGACACCUUGUCCACUACUACGGACCCAGCGUAUGUGCUGCACGUCUUUGGAACCAACAUAGGAGAGUUCUCCAGCCUAUACCACAACAUGUGCUUUCAAUACCUCGAAAACACAAGCCAUGAAUUCUUGUUCGCUCGUCUCGCCUGGACCAUUCUGAUACUCAUUAAGCCUUUCGUGCUUGCGGGCCUGCGGCGGUCUGUUAUUCGAUGCCGGAACGGCGAGGAUGGCUUCGACUGGAGAGCUGAAGAGUUGUCGGGCGCCGAUCUGUCGAGCUUUUACGGUGGCGGGGGCUCGCGGAGUGCCAGUCCCAAAAAGCGAAGUCGCCCGCGUGAGAAGGAGGACCGCGACAGCCUCGCCGAUGCGGAUGAGUGGACCACCCUGAUGAUCUUUAUCCUGGGCUCCGUGACAAUUCUGGCCAAGGCCUUUGGCAGGGUGCUGAUCAAGAACUUGACCAAGGCCUUGGCGGGAACACUGGUCGAACCCCUGAUCCGCUGA